AUGGCCUUGAACCACACUGCCCUGCCUCAGGAUGAGCGCCUGCGCCACUAUCUUCCAGACGAGGACCCCUUUGCUUCCAAACUUUCCUGGGAAGCGGACUUAGUGGCUGGCUUUUACCUGACGAUAAUCGGGAUUCUCUCUACAUUUGGAAAUGGGUAUGUCCUUUACAUGUCUUCUAGACGAAAGAAGAAGCUGAGACCUGCAGAAAUAAUGACUAUCAAUCUAGCAGUCUGUGAUCUGGGGAUAUCAGUUGUAGGCAAGCCGUUCACCAUCAUCUCUUGCUUCUGCCACCGCUGGGUCUUUGGCUGGUUUGGCUGCCGCUGGUAUGGAUGGGCUGGAUUUUUCUUUGGCUGCGGAAGCCUGAUUACCAUGACUGCUGUCAGCCUGGACCGCUAUCUGAAGAUCUGCUAUCUGUCUUAUGGGGUUUGGCUGAAGAGGAAGCAUGCCUACAUCUGCCUGGCAGUCAUCUGGGCUUAUGCUUCCUUCUGGACCACCAUGCCCUUGGUGGGCCUGGGGGACUAUGCACCCGAGCCCUUCGGAACCUCGUGCACCCUGGACUGGUGGCUGGCCCAGGCUUCAGGUGGGGGUCAGGUAUUCAUCCUCAGCAUCCUCUUCUUCUGCCUCCUGCUGCCAACGGCCGUGAUUGUUUUCUCAUACGCAAAGAUCAUUGCCAAGGUGAAGUCUUCUUCUAAAGAGGUAGCCCAUUUCGACAGUCGGAUCCAUAGCAGUCAUGUGCUCGAGGUGAAGCUGACCAAGGUGGCGAUGCUGAUUUGUGCUGGUUUCCUGAUUGCCUGGAUUCCGUAUGCGGUAGUCUCCGUGUGGUCAGCUUUUGGAAGGCCAGACUCCAUUCCCAUACAGCUCUCCGUGGUGCCCACGCUCCUUGCAAAAUCAGCAGCGGUGUACAAUCCGAUCAUCUACCAGGUCAUUGAUUACAGAUUUGCCUGUUGCCAGGCUGGUGGUUUGAGAGCAACGAAGAAGAAGUCUUUGAAAGACUUUAGGCUGCACACUGUAACCGCAGUCAGGAAGUCUUCUGCUGUGCUGGAGAUCCAUCAAGAGAGCAGUUCCAGAUUUACUAGUGCCCAUGUUAUGGAUGGAGAGAGUCACAGUAAUGAUGGUGACUGUGGCAAGAAAUAA